AAAUGACAAAUCAAAACCAGAAAAUUUCGAUCAAGCCUUCAGACCUUAAUUUGAUGAUAUCAGUUCCUAUCCGAUCUGAUCCAGUCCUAAUUACUUGUUCAUCAAGAAAACAAGAAAAUAAGAAAAGGUUACCCUUCCUUCCCAAACAUAGCCAAAGUUUAGAUGGCGUGUUCUUUCUAGUUCUAGCUCCUAAUUGAAUUUUCCUCUCACCUUUUGUAGAAGGCCUGAAACUAUACGAAGUCCAAACUCUGGAGCAGUACAGCUCCACGUAAUAUUCGGUUUCACUAUAUUAUACUACGGCAUCUUCCGACAGCGAGCUGCACCGCUGCGACCCACCUACCGCCCACCGCUGCUACCGCCGCCAGCGCCCUUGCCGCCGGCCGCACUACUCAGCCAGAUCCUCCCCUGGUUUUGAUCCUCCAAAACGCAACCUUUGAAUCUUGUUUCACUAUAGUAAUGGGAUGGUAUAGAAGAUCAAGACUUGGCUUGGAUGCUCUUAUGAUUUCAGCAGCCAAGAUUUCACCCAGAAGUCCCGUCUUUGAAUCAAUCUCCAGAACGAAAUUAGGAUCCCGGUCACCCCAUCUCUCCUCUCAAUUUCCAAGAAACACAUCAAUUUUUCAACCUGUGUUUCAGCAGAAUCACUAUAAAACCCAAUUUCUCGUGCAGUCAAGGAGAUGCUACUACGUCGACCGGUACCAAGUCCGCCAUUUCCGUCCCAGAGGACCGGAUCGGUGGUUCCAAAACCCUAGAAAUGUGUUCAUCGCCGUUUUGGUCGGGUCGGGGUUUGUGAUAUCCAUUUACUUUGGGAAUUUAGAGACUAUACCAUACUCGAAGCGCACCCAUUUUGUGCUCUUAUCCAGAAGCCUCGAGAAGAAUCUAGGAGAGAACCAAUUCAAGCAGUUAAAAGAACGCUUUAAAGACAGCAUUCUCCCCUCCAUCCACCCAGAAAGCGUGAGGGUACAAUUGAUAGCCAGUGACGUAAUAGGAGCUUUGCAGAGAGGUUUGAGAAAGGAACAAGUUUGGGGUGAUAUCCACUACACAUCAUCAGAGGGUGUGGAGAGGAAUAAUAGAACUAGCUAUGAUCGUGAGACAUUAAUGGCUACUUCUCCAAUGGGUGAUAAAUGGGAGGAUAAUGAGGUUCUAGAUGAUAAGUGGAUUGAGAAGAGUAGGAAGGAGGGUAAGAAGAAAGGUAAGGAAUCUGCUACUGCACAUUUGGAGGGUUUGAAUUGGGAGAUUUUGGUGGUUAAUAAUCCGAUGGUUAAUGCUCUCUGUUUGCCUGGCGGGAAGAUUGUUGUCUUUACUGGUUUGCUCAAGCAUUUUAAGUCUGAUGCUGAAAUUGCUGCCAUUAUUGGCCAUGAGGUUGCACAUGCUGUGGCCAGACAUAGUGCUGAAGAAAUUUCAAAACGGUUGUGGCUUACCAUAAUACAACUGGUUCUUUACCAGUUUGUUAUGCCCGACGCUGUUAACACUUUUUCCACUCUUUUCCUAAACCUUCCCUUCACAAGAAGGAUGGAGAUGGAAGCAGACUACAUUGGGCUUCUUUUGAUGGCAUCGGCUGGGUUUGACCCACGAGUUGCACCAAAAGUGUACGAGAAGCUGGGGAAAAUUUCAGGUGAUUCGGCUUUGCAAGAUUACCUGUCCACCCAUCCAUCUGGUAAGAAGAGAGCCGAGUCGCUGUCUCGGGCUGGAGUCAUGGAUGAAGCUCUCAAUAUUUAUCGCGACAUUCAAUCUGGAAAAGGAGUUGAAGGAUUCCUAUAGAGGGAUGAAUCAAGAAGAUGCUCACUGUUUACCUCAAUGGAACUAAAACUAAACUACCUCGUGUGUGCUUAAAAGUCAGAACGAGUUGAGCUUUUGGUUUAUUUGUGUAUAUUUAGUUUUCUAAAAAAUGACGUUUUUUUAAAAUGGUAAAUGGCUUAUACGCCUAGUUAGCUUUUUUCCGUUUUAAACGCGUUUUAAACAUGUACCGUUUUUUUGACCAAAAAAACACGUUUAAA